UUAGCUCUAGGAUCAGCAUCCCCGUCCGGGCAGCUGUAGCUGUGUGGCCUCUCCCGAGAUCGGAUGCUGUGGUAGAGGAGGAGGAGCGGAGAGAGCGCGACCAGAGCCCCUGAGACCAGUCCUCAUCCAGCGCGGACCCUGCCGCCCGGCAGCCAUGCCUCUCUUCACAUCCAACCCCUUUGAUCCUGAUGUAGAGAAAGCGACAAGUGAACUCAACACGGCCGAGGACUGGGGGCUUAUCCUUGACCUAUGUGAUAAAAUUGGGCAGUCGCGUACGGGGCCUAAAGACUGUCUGCGCUCCAUUAUGAAGCGAGUGAACCAUAAAGACCCCCACGUGGCUAUGCAAGCACUUACACUGCUCGGGGCUUGUGUGUCCAACUGCGGGAAGAUAUUUCACUUAGAAGUUUGCUCCAGAGACUUUGCAAGUGAGGUCAGCAGUGUGUUAAACAAGGGACACCCAAAAGUCUGUGAAAAGUUAAAAGCACUGAUGGUAGAAUGGGCUGACGAUUUCAAGAACGACCCGCAACUCAGUCUCAUUUCAGCCAUGAUUAAGAAUCUGAAGGAGCAAGGAGUGACCUUCCCUGCCGUUGGAUCGCAGGCAGCAGAACAAGCUAAAGCCAGCCCUGCGUUGGUCGCUAAAGACCCUGGUACUGUAGCCACCAAGAAAGAGGAGGAAGAUCUUGCAAAAGCUAUUGAAUUAUCGCUGAAAGAGCAGAAACCGCCGGGUGCCGUGUCCAGCAUCUACCCGAGUACCAGCUUCUUGUCCAAUCACAAGCCCGAAGGUCGGAAGGUGCAGGCCAUCUACGACUUUGAAGCUGCGGAGGAUAAUGAGCUGACGUUCAAAGCCGGUGAAAUAGUCACUGUCCUGGAUGACAGUGACCCAAACUGGUGGAAAGGAGAGACCAGUGAAGGAAUCGGGUUAUUUCCCUCAAACUUUGUCACUGCAGACCUGACGGCGGAGCCGGAGAUGAUGAAGACUGAGAAGAAAACGGUCCAGUUUAGUGACGAAGUCCAAGUGGAGACCAUAGAACCAGAGCCAGAACCAGUGUAUAUCGAUGAGGAAAAAAUGGAUCAGUUACUGCAGAUGUUGCAGAGCGCAGAUCCCAGUGAUGGUUUACCAGAUCCCACAGAUCUGAUUCAUCUUGAAGCUGCGUGUCACCAGAUGGGGCCGAUGAUUGAUGAAAAGCUCGAAGAUAUUGACAGGAAACACUCUGAACUUUCAGAACUAAAUGUCAAAGUGAUGGAGGCUCUCUCUUUAUACACAAAGCUAAUGAACGAAGACCCUAUGUAUUCCAUGUAUGCGAAGAUGCAAAACCAGCAGUACUACAUGCCACCAGCAGGGGCCGCUCCACAGCAGACAUAUCAAGGACAACAUCCGAACGCCACAUAUCUAGUUACCGGAAACACGCAGAUGGGCCCCGUACAGACUUACCCGGUUCCUCCAGAACAGCUUCCAUCUCUAGGUCAGACAGCUGCAGCGCUUCCUACAGCCUCGAACCUUCCCAGCCAGUCACCUCAAGCUUCCUAUAAGCCCGCAGUUGUCGGAUCCGCUGCCGGAAGCACGUAUGUCGGCCCAGCUCCAGGAUACACGCCAAACCCUACCGCUGCCAUAGACCUCUCUAUUUAUCAGACUGGUACGAACAUGUCCCAAGUUCCGAAUUAUACACUACCCUCUACAACCCUCUCGCCCUCCUCGGCCAGCCAAGAUCUACCACAGAGCUACUCCCAGAAGGCUCUUCUAUAAGUCCCAGAAGCCUGGACUCUAUAACGUUGCUGUAGCACCUAUGUAAUAACCGUAACGUGACCACUCCCACGAUUAAACCUCGCCUUUUAAUUUCACUAUUCGCCCAACCAGUUGUUAAGCUGAGGUUUAGGUUCCACUGAUCUUGAUCCCAUUUAACCCUUGUAUAAUACACUAUAAAGAGAGAACCUGGUGGACGCUGCACCCCUGGGUGGCGGACCGGUCUGCAGUUCUCGUAACGUACACGUGAUGGGGUGAAUAGUGACGUCCUGGUGUUUUAUUAAUGGUGACCCUGUAGUGCACAUACCAAUGGUGUGGUCCUUCCAAGAGGACGACAUUGUCCUGUACAUGAUAACCUAUAGGACCGCACGUAGCAGCAGAUGUCCCAGUGUUGUUAACUCUUUGUGCUCUGUGUAAGAAUUGGACAUCUGGUCAGACAAACGAGAUCCUAGAUCUGGUGAUUACUUUUACCUUUUGCUCUUGAUUUGACAUCUUGGAACAUUGAGUCGCUGGUUACACAUUAAUCCAGUAUCGCAGUGUGGAAUCACGAGCGCCGUUUCUUGAGCCAUCAGGAAGAAGGUGUGUAAGGCCGGUUUCACAUCAUCGUUAAAGAUAUUCUCUGGAUCCGGCAUAGCCGGUAAGUUUCACUUGCCCACCAGACCUUUAUUGGCUAUAAUGGGAACCGCUGGAGUUCUGGCCACCCCCCGGGACAUAUGCUGGGGUUCGACUUGACAAAAGUUGUUGCACACCACGGUUUUUGUCCGGCCGGAUCUCCACCAGUUUCCAUUAUAGUCAAUGGGGUCUACCGGGCAGACAGCACUUUCUGGCUAUGCCGGAUGCAGAGAACUCCGGCAGGCUGUUGUCUCUGGUGUGAAGGUAGCCCAAGUCCUUCCAUUAUAACUACUAUUCCUUUUGAAUCCACUCUUGUGUUUGGCUCAAAAAAACUGCACCUGUGACUCCAUCCUAACCAUUCCCAUCAAGAUUGUUGGUGCUGCUCAGAAAAACUGGUUGCCAACCAUUAUGGAGAGCAUAGCAUUGCUUAUUCACCUUUCUAAAAACAGAUUUGUUUAUUUUUGUGUUCUGGGGUAGCUGAGGGACAUCUAUGACCACCAUAACGGUACCAAUAGAGAUGGUCUGAAAAGCUGAUUGUGAACGGUUAUGGUGGCCUUAUUGGUGAUCGCUUGACUUUCCCAGAAAAAUAUUUUAAUUAGAUGUUUGUUAGUCUCCUGAAUUGCUGCUACUCAGGAUUUUGCAAAAGCUAAGUGCAAGAGUUAUGAUGGACGUAUUGUAAUCUUAAAAUGGGGUUUGGGGAGUGUUUAAAAUAACAGAUCAUCAUUACUCCCCUUACUGAUCCCGGCUCCUCUGUGCUUCCUGCACUCGGGCUUGACCUCAGCCAAUCGCUGGCCGUGGUGACCUGCCUCAGCCACCGAUAGGAUCAGGGCGGCCAGUCCAAGAUAUUUCUGGAGUGUCAAGUGCUGGAACGGGAAGUGCGGCCCAAAGCAGUGCCCAAGGAUCGGUAACUGGGCUAAUGAUCUGUUAUUGGUCCUGUUUUUAAUUAUAAUUAUUCCCCCCUCCCACCAAAAUCCCUUUUAGGCAUUAAAAGGAACCUGUCCCAUUGAAAAUAGUGUCUGGUCUACAGGCAGCAUGUUAUAGAACAGGAGGAGCUGAGCAGAUUGAUAGAUAGCUUUAUAGGAAAAUAUUCACGAUAGUUCUGGGCAGGAGGCGGGUCCUAUCAGUGAUUGACAGCUAUCUCUGU